AUCAAUACAUUCAUAUUCUCCUGAUUUCCGAGAUCUCAAGGUAUUUUUCAACCAUUUUCAUAUUCACCGAUACCUGAGGUUGUAAAGGGGUUAUCCAUCUGCCGGUCCGGCAUACAAAUCCUGUCAAUUUAUGCACAUCAGUUUGGUCUGAAAAAUUUCAUCCAAUACUCAUCAAUUCUCCGCCCAAACAUGAACAGUUAUCCAUCUAAUGGAGGCAUUUCAAAGCCCCAGCCAAAGAAAAAGUCCCAGCUCAACACAUCUAGGUCUUCCGACAGAAGGCUCGCGGCUGGCAAGCAGCCCGCCGCCUUUCUUCACAACGCCCUCACAAACCAACCCAAACCGCUCCCGUAUCUGAUCCAGAGGCAAAACGGGCCGAGCGUUCCGCAAUAUACGCUUGCUACACCUACCUCGGACGUCCCGGAAAAGAUCAAGACCGUAAAACGAUCCGGCGGUGGUAAGACCUGGGAGGAUGCAUCGUUAAUGGAGUGGGACCCGAAGCACUUCCGGUUAUUUGUGGGAAACUUGGGGGUAGACGCAACCGACGAGCUUCUCGGGCGUGCAUUCAGCGCGUACCCUUCCUUGAGCAAGGUCAAAGUUCCGAUGGACCCAAAGUCACAGGCCAACAAGGGGUACGGGUUUGUGGCGUUUGCUGACUCUAGCGAUUAUUUAAAGGCGUUUAAGGAGAUGAACGGGAAGUAUGUGGGGCAGCGGCCAGUCCAAUUGAAGCGGGCUGAGACCGUGAUUAAGCCGGUUACCGUCAAGAGACAGGGGAACAAGAGACGAUAGUGAAUCAUUAAUGAGAUAAGGAAAAAGCGAGAAUCCAAUUUGACAUGGAUUGAAGCACUUGACAGCGGGGUCUAAUAUAUACCUGAAAAUUAGCAGUCUAUGAAUAGCCAAACAUAUGAUU